CGUGUGUUUAUCUGAUGCGCCAGUCGGGUCCCAUAGGCACUUAGGCAGCCUUGUUUAACGUUUAACGUUAAACCGCAAAACGCGAAAGCGAUAGAGCAGUUGGAAGUUUGUUUUUCAUGGAAGAAAACCACAACAAAACGCAUUCAUUGGAAUCACAGACCGGUGGGAACGCCAGCUCCAGGAUCAAAUUCCUUCGGAUGUAACAUGGCCGUUGUCGGAGUGAUUGGCGCGGGAAUAUCGGGAUUAUCCGCUGCGCAUUUCUUAUCCAAGCUAGCACGCUCAAAUGUUAAAAAGGUGAUAGUGUACGAAGCCAGCGAUCGCGUCGGCGGUUGGAUCCAGACGACGCGCUUCCCCGACGGCACCCUCUUCGAGCACGGACCACGCACCGUGCGGCCGAUUGGCAUAGCUGCGCAGACCGCUUUACGAUUGGUGGAAGAUGUCGGGUUAUCCAUGCAGGUCUUAUUCCUGACCGGAUCGCAUCCGGCCGCCGCCCGCCGCAUGAUCUACGCCAAGGGCCAACUGCACUACCUACCCAGCCAGAUAUCCGAUCUCCUUAAGGUCCGUCCGCCCUUCUCCAAGGCGAUGAUUAAAUACCUGACUAAAGAGAUGGUGACGAAACGCGGUCGGUUGGAGGAUGAGAGUGUGUAUGAUUUCGUCAGCCGACGAUUUGGCGACGAGUUAGCGCGUUACGCGGCGGAUGCCAUGUGCCUGGGGAUAUUUGCCGGGGAUUCCCGCAAGCUCAGUGCGAAGUCCUGCUUUCCGUUGUUGUGGGAUAAGGAGAAGGAUAGGGGGUCGGUAGUUCGCGGGUUCCUGGCGCCGACUUUUGGUGCGAAAGAGUCAGAAUCGGCAAUGCACAGCAAAUUAUCCACCGUCGCCAGAUCCGGCCGUUGGUUCGCCUGGUCCCUGCAGGAAGGGUUAGAAACGUUACCCCGUGCCGUGGAAACGGAACUAUUGAGUGACAAUUUUGUGGAAAUUCGAAGAAACGAUCCGGUGACGAAGCUGGGAUUUCUGCAAUCUGGAAAAGUUGAGAUUGACAGCGCUUCCGGUCGGUCGACCGUGGACCAUGUCGUGUCCAGUGUCUUCGCUCCGCAGCUGUCGCAAAUGCUGCCGCCGGAUAUGGCCCCACUGGCGGCGGAUUUACGGAGCAUCUCAGCUGUUACAGUCGCCGUACUGAAUCUCCAGUUUCCGGGUGAUAUUCUCCAGCAUUUACCGGCAUUUGGAUAUUUGGUGCCUUCGGUCGAACAGUCACCGCUCCUGGGUGUGAUUUUCGAUUCGUGGAUAUUUCCUCAGCAUGCGAAGAGCAGUGAUGAACAACCGAUUACACAGUUGACGUGCAUGCUGGGUGGUGCAUAUUUCGAUCAUUAUUUCGGCCCACUGAACGCCACGACCGAGCAGCGCAUCCUGGAAGCGGCGCGGAUGUGCCUGGAACAGCAACUGAAUAUUACGGGAACGCCGCUCCGAUACAGUUUACGGGUUCACCAGAACUGCAUUCCACAGUACCAUGUGGGCCAUGCCGAGAAGCUGGCCCGAAUUAAAGGAUUUAUUGCUCAUAAUAAAUUGGAGAUGAGUCUGAUUGGAUCGUCGUACGGAGGGGUCAGUGUCAAUGAUUGUAUUCAUGGCGGGAAGAAGGUGGCGGAGAAGUUGGCGCAGUUCGGGACGGCGUCCUACGCUUCCUACCAAUGAAGCGGCCUUCCAGCGGAUAACGGCUGCCGUGAUUAAUUCACUAGGGCCCUCCAUGAAAAGAGCAUUUUUACUUGUAUUCCGCGCUGUUUUUGACGCUUUAUUGAAUUGUAUCUGUCGGAGAUUUUAAUUCGUUUCGUUGUUAAUUUAUUCGUUUCUAAUUUAAUUUCCAAUAACUCAAUAAGGAAAAUUUAAGACACACAAGAAAAACUCAUACC